UGGAUGCAUCAUACAAAUUCCAGCUAUUUGAAUGUCGCCACUCCAUGCCUUGCUAAUUUGUCGUUGAGACCUUUGGAGUUGAGACUUGGACAGGAUAGGUAUCAAGCUUCCUGAUGAUGUGCACAGGGAUAUGCCACCCUCAUCCCUGCCAUGAUGAUGAUGUCUCUAGUGGGGGAAUCACAUCCAUCAAGUUACACUGGUGAGAUCAGACAUGACCUACUGUGAUUCUACCGCUACAGCCGAAUCGAAUCCCAAGUACCCAUCUGGUAUAGAGACAAACUCUGUCCUUAUUUUCCGGUUAUUGCUACAGAUCCUGGCAUAUUCCCGCUCCCCCUUAUCACCAUGGCUGACGGCUGGUUCACCACGUUCACGAACUGCCGCCUCUGCAUCAACGGGAAGUUGGUCGAAGAUCAGUUUGUGGUAUCGGAAGAUACGGGGAAGAUCCUACACCGAACCGGUUAUAUUGGCGGCGAGAUCGUGGAUCUGGAGGAAGGGAUCAUCGCACCCGGUUUCCUAGAACUGCAGACGAAUGGCGUCAAUGGAUUUCACUUCACUCAUUUUGAGGAUGCUGAGCAAUACCAGCAACGGCUGGACGAUACGGCAAAGUACUAUGUGACUGAAGGUGUGACCGGAUUUUGGGCCACCAUUCCUACAGUAUCUUCAGAUGAUUUCCAGAAGAUCCUUCCUUCAUUACGACCACGAUCCAUCCCUGAUGGAGCAACCCUUCUCGGGGCUCACUGCGAAGGCCCUUAUCUCCACCCUUCAAAGAAAGGAGCACACAACGAAUUCUUGUUCCAGCAACCCACCACAGAACCCCAAACCAUCUACGGGGAGGCCAAUCUAAAAAAUAUCAAACUCUGUACCCUUGCCCCCGAACUCCCCUCCUCCACCCCCCUCAUCCGCACCCUCACUGCCAACAACACCCGCGUCUCCCUCGGCCACUCCACCGCCACCUUCUCCGAUGGCCUCUCCGCCCUCUCCGCCGGUGCCACCGCACUAACCCACGUCUUCAACGCGAUGUCCCCUCUCCACCACCGCAACCCCGGCCUCCCCGGCCUCAUCACCGCACCAGCGAUCAACAACCCCUACUACUCCCUCAUCACCGACGGCCACCACCUGGACCCCUCGAUCGCGACGCUUCUCUACCGCGCCAACCCCGCCAAAUGCAUCCUCAUCACCGACAGCGUCGAGCUCGCGGGGCUGCCCGACGGCGUCUAUCCCGGGCACGCGCAGAUCCCGCAGCCGCAGGAGAAGCGGGGGGCAUUGGUGACGGUCGCGGGGACGGAGAUCAUGGUGGGCGGGUGUUUGAGUCUGCAG